AUGGGUCUUGUUGGAACCAUCCCACCAGAAAUCGGAAAUAUUUCUUCUCUCGUUUCUUUAGACAUGAGCGACAAUUCUUUUCAUGGUCCUCUUCCCGUGUCUAUCUUUAACAUGUCAAAUUUAGAAGUCUUGAGUUUGAGGAAUAAUAGUUUGUCUAGUAGUCUACCUCUUGAUAUGUGCAUACACAAUCUUGAUCGACUCAAGAUUCUUCGUAUUUCUUACAACAAGAUGUAUGGGAAUUUACCAUCGAGUUUGGAGCAGUGUUCGCAGCUCGAGUAUCUUUCUUUGUACAACAACAAAUUUGAUGGAAUAGUGCCAAGGGAACUUGGGAACUUGACCAAGCUUCAAACGUUGUACAUUGAUGCAAAUAAGUUGACAGGUAACUUGAUCUUAUCUCCAUGGACUAUAGUCAAAUAA